AAAUAAAAGAAUAAUGUUUACAUAAAAAAUUGAAAGUCAAACAUCACUCAAAAAAAUUCAUCAAAAAACACCCAAAAACCGUUAAUAAAUUCCCUUUUUGCAGGCAGGAGAAGGUUCGAAAUUCGAAAAUCCCGCCUAUGAUUGACGUCAGACCCGAUUGCAAACGAGCAGCUCGAUCGUAAAUCACCGUUGGAUUUAUUGUGGCGGGCGCGGCCAUAUUGGCAGUACGCGACAGUGGAAAACAGUUUGUGCUAAAAGUGUUGUGUAAAAUUAAUCCGGAAACAUCGCGAAAAUGUCUGAACGAGAGGAUAACGUCUACAAGGCAAAACUGGCCGAACAAGCCGAACGAUACGAUGAAAUGGUCGAGGCCAUGAAGAAGGUGGCCAAGCUCGACUUGGAGCUGACCGUCGAGGAGCGCAACCUGCUGUCGGUGGCGUACAAGAACGUGAUCGGGGCGCGCAGGGCGUCGUGGCGCAUCAUAUCCUCGAUAGAGCAGAAGGAGGAGAACAAGGGCACCGACGACAAGCUCGAGAUGAUACGCCAGUACCGCAGCCAGGUGGAGAAGGAGCUGCGCGACAUUUGCAGCGACAUACUCAACGUGCUCGACAAGCAUCUCAUACCGUCCGCGUCGACGGGAGAAUCCAAAGUCUUCUACUACAAAAUGAAGGGCGACUACCACCGAUACCUGGCCGAGUUCGCGACGGGCAACGAUCGCAAGGACGCCGCCGAGCACUCGCUGGUCGCGUACAAGGCGGCGAGCGACAUCGCGAUGAACGAGCUGCCGCCCACGCACCCGAUACGCCUCGGCCUCGCCCUCAACUUUAGCGUGUUCUACUACGAGAUCCUCAACAGUCCGGAUCGCGCGUGCCGGCUGGCCAAGGCCGCCUUCGACGACGCCAUCGCCGAGCUGGACACGCUCAGCGAGGAGAGCUACAAGGACAGCACGCUCAUCAUGCAGCUGCUCAGGGACAACCUGACGCUGUGGACGAGCGACAUGCAGCUGGACGCCGAGGCCGAACCCAAGGAGCAGCUCCAGGACGUGGAGGACCAGGACGUGUCAUAACUUUAAGGGCCCCGCGCGAACAACAAUUUCUCUUUUUAACAACCAAGUUUUUUUUUU